GAGGAUAAGAUCAUCAUCAUCAUCAUCUUCAAUACUUCCCGUACUGUUGGAAUAUCUCUUUCUCUCUGAAUUACAGUCUCAGUCACAGAGUCAAGAGACCUUACCGACCUAAGUUUAGUUAGCAAAUCCAUCCAUUAAAAUCAGGGCAAUGGGUUUAGUGACACGUGUUCCGUUAUUCUCUUCACCUUCUUCAACUUUCUCUCCUCAUAAAUACUCUUCCACCACCAAACUAUUCUCUUCUUCAUCUUCAUCUUCCCUUUCAUUUCAAAGGAGAACUUCAGUUGUAGUGAAAGCAAUGGCGAGUACUGUGAUUGUUACUGGUGCCGGUGGUAGAACUGGGCAAAUUGUUUACAAGAAACUGAAAGAGAGAGAUGAGUUUGUAGCAAGGGGGUUAGUAAGAACGGAAGAAAGCAAAGAGAAAAUUGGAGGAGCUGACGAUGUUUUCGUUGCUGAUAUUAGGGAUGCUGAGAGUAUUGUACCUGCAAUCCAAGGAGUUGAUGCUCUUGUCAUUCUUACUAGUGCUGUCCCCAAAAUGAAACCCGGGUUUGAUCCUACUAAAGGUGGAAGACCUGAGUUCUUUUUCGAAGAUGGAGCUAAUCCUGAACAGGUUGAUUGGAUUGGGCAGAAGAAUCAAAUUGAUGCUGCAAAAGCAGCGGGAGUGAAGCAGAUUGUUUUGGUUGGGUCUAUGGGUGGAACGAACCUCAAUCAUCCCUUGAACAGCAUUGGAAACGGAAACAUAUUGGUGUGGAAGAGGAAGGCGGAGCAAUAUCUGGCCGACUCUGGUAUACCAUACACAAUUAUUAGAGCUGGAGGCUUACAAGACAAAGAUGGGGGUGUGAGAGAGCUUGUUGUUGGCAAAGAUGACGAGCUUCUCGAGACUGACAUAAGGACUAUUGCUAGAGCCGAUGUUGCAGAAGUCUGCAUUCAGGCAUUGCUGUUGGAAGAGGCUAAGUUCAAAGCAUUGGAUCUCGCUUCAAAACCAGAAGGAACUGGCGAGCCAACAAAAGAUUUCAAGACUCUGUUUUCUCAAAUCUCUACACGAUUCUGAGAUUCCAUAUGCGGUAUGUUCUGAUUGAAUUUUUGGUUGAUGCCUAGCGAUUUGUAAUGCCACUGGCUAUUAGCAAGAGGGAAACUAGUAUUCUUUUUCCUCAUUAGAAAACCAAUGAGAGGCCAUGAAUAACGAUGAUAGUGUAUUUUACAUUUUGUGUUCCGUCUAACGUUGUUUGAGUUAUGAGUGAUUGCUUAUCAUGCUUAGUUAGGCUGAAGCAUAGUCGCGUGAUGUCUUCAUUCAAAUGCUGCGAAGAAUAUGACGGGGCUGGCAAUACCCUUAUCUCA